AUGACAUGUUCUGCCCAGGAAUUUCUCAUAGGUGACAGCACCGGAAGGAUGGUCACUAGUCUCUAUGAUUCUACCAAUGAUGAGUGGGUUCGCGCAAGCGAAAUGCAACUCCGUCGUGUGAUACCAGGCCUCUUACAACUCUCUCCGAUGGACGCGUCUUCGUCAUUGGAGGUUCUGGGGCUGAGCUUCGAACGUUGA